AUGAAUGAAAUAAAAUAAAAUGAAUAUUUAUAAAAAAGUAGAAAAGAGAAAGAGUGGUUGAAUAGAAAAUAAUUAAAAUAUUUAAGAGAUAUAACUGUUACAAGUGAUGAUUCUGGGGAUGAGUUAGAAAAAAAAAAAGAAUUCAAAAUUUUAUUAAAAUAAAGAAGAAAAUUUUAAUGGGAAUAAAGAAGCUUAAAUUUUAUGAAUUCAAAGCACUCUAGAUUAUAUUCGAAAACAUGUGCAAUGAAAUUUCAUCAUUAUCUAAUUUUAUUAAAUUCUUAAAUAAGAAAGCUCAAAAAGCAUUUAGCUCCUUAACGUCCAUAUACUAUGACACCUGAUGGUUCUAUAAAAUUAAUAUGGGAUUUAAUUUGUUUAGGAUUUGUUAUUUAUGAAAUGAUAGGCAUACCCUUUUAAAUAAGUUUUGAAAUAGAAAUCAGUAAUGAGAUUUAAAAUUUAUCACUGGGAGUAUUUAUUUUUGAUAUAUUAUUGAAUUUCAAUACUGGAGUCUACAUUGAUGGUGCUUUAUAGAUGGAUAGAAGAUAUAUAUUUAAAAAUUACUUAUAAUUUUGGUUUUGGAUUGAUAUGAUUUCAACAUUCCCAUAUGAAAUUAUUAUUGAUGAGUCAUAAUAACUUAUAUAAAGCGCUAAAUUAUUAAGACUAUUUAAAUUUUUGAAAUUUGUUAGAGUUUUAAAAUUACUCAGAUUAGCAAAACUUAAAAAAAUAAUAGAUAAAAUUGAUGAAUACAUAUAAACUUCUCGGAUUAUUGGAGUGAUCAUAACUUUUAUAAAAUUAUUUGUAUUUGUACUAUUUUUUGCUCAUGUUUUAGGCUGUAUAUUUCAUUAUACUGCAAUUUAAGAAGAAUAUUCUUGGUUAGGGGAUUAAGAAGAAGAAUAUGAUUGGUAAACUAGAUAUAUAAAUUCACUUUAUUGGGGAGUUGCAACAAUGACAACAGUUGGAUAUGGAGAUAUCAGUCCAUAAACUCCAGUUGAAAGAUUAUUGGGAAUAUUUCUAUUGUUAGUAGCUUGUGGAGGGUUUGCAUUUACAAUGAAUUCAAUUGGAUUUGCUUUAUCGUCAUUAGAAGAAAAAUCAAAUAUUAGAAAAUAAAAAGUAAGUCUACUCAAUAAAUACAUGAAAAAAGCAAAUAUUCCAGAUGUUUUGUAAAAUAAAGUUAGAAAAUACUUAGAAUUUGUUUGGGAUAGUCAUUAAAUCCUAUUAAAAGAUAUUACAAAAUUAUUAUCUGAUGAGUUAGGAAAAGAUAUCUAAGAAUUGGUAAAUGGAAAACUAUUUGGACAUGCAGAUAUUAUAUGGCAUUUACAUACAAAGAGAUUUCUUAUUUAAGCAAUAAUUCCAAUUUUAGAAGAUAAACUAUUUUUUCCAGAAGAAAUAAUAUUUCUUGAAAUUCCUUCAAUCACUAAUGAUUUAUAUUUAAUACAAAAAGGGAGUGUGGAUAUAUAUUUCAUGAAAACAAACAUUGUAAUUGAUAAUAAAAUAAAAAAUGAUUAUUUUGGAGAAAUCAGUUUUUAUUCUAAUUAAUUAAGAUCAGCUAGUGCAAUAAGCAGAACAUUUUCUCAUAUUUUUGUAUUAAAUUAAUAGAAAUUCUUAGAGAUUGCUAAAUCUUAUCCAAAAGAUCUACAAUAGUACUUUAAAGUAAGAAAUGCAAUAAUAUUUGAAUCAGAUUAUAGUUAUUUACAAAUUAGAUGCUAUGUUUGCUAAAUGGAUGAUCAUUUGGCUAAAGAAUGUCCAGUAUUACAUUUUUAAGUGUAAAUUCUUUUAAUUAUAUAGUAAUGCCCCUCAUUUUCUUUCUUUUUUGCAUCAAUAUCGUAAAAUAGAAGAAACUGUAUAUAUAAGAAAAGAUAGAAGGGAUUUUAAUGCAAGAUUUUCAGCUUAUUAAGUAUAAUAAACUUAGAAACGAUUCAUUAAAAUUAAUAAUAAAAGAAUUUCAUUUCUUGGUUCAAAAGGAAUUGUUGAUACAAUUUUUAAUAAUUAUUAUAAUAUUGAAGACGAUAAUAAUUCAAUAGAAGAUGAUACUCCUUCAAGAAUAAUAACAUCUUUAUAAGUUUCAAUAUUUAAUAAUAAAAAUAAAAAAAAGUUUGAUUAAAUAGAAUUUAAUUAUGAAGAGUCUUCACACCAUUCCAAAAAAAAAGUGGGUUAAUUAACUUAAAGAAUAAUAAUAGAAGAUUAAUACAUCGAUUAAAUAGCUACUAAUAGGUUUCAUGAUCUUUUGGAAUAAAUAAAUACAUUGAAAUACAAAAAAUAAAUAUUUUAACAAAUUAAUUUUUCAGAAAUACCUAAUUUUGAUAAAGUUUCUAGUUUUCAUAAUUUUUGUUAAAGAUAUAAUAUUGAAUGUGUUUUAGAAAGAUAUCAUAAAAUAUAAAAAAGAGGAUCAAUAUCUUAAAUUCCACCAAAAUAUAGUUCAUUUGGUGUUGAGGAAUUUUAAUCAUAUUUAUAAUAUUAUUGUUUUUACUUGAAAUAAGAUGACUUGAAAAGAUACUUUACAAAAUCUCAAUUAAAGAAGAAGGAAAUGAUAUUUGAAUUUGAAAAUACAAGAGUCUUCAAUUUAACAAGGGUAGAAAAGAAAAGAAAUUAAUUCAUAACUAAAAAUUCGAAAGUAAAAUAUUAACAUUAUCUUAGUUUAGAAGUGUUGUAACUAAAAUUCAAAGUUUAAAUUCAUUAAAAAGUAACUCUCGCAUAAGUUUUUGA